GGUUUUAUUUGUAGUUUAUAAAUUACAUUAAAAGUAAAUGGUAGACUCGUGGAAAGGAUAAGAGUCCAGUGUAUUUGUGAAAGCCACGGCAACAGCAGCACGAAAUGCACCAUGGAGGAGGCCCAUCAAAUGCACAGAGAAACCUUCAGAGAUCCAAAUCCACCACGGGUUCUGAGACAGAAGACCAGCAGCAGCAACCCAGUGCAGUCACACAACAGCAGCCCGCAGCGGUCAGUCAGACUCAGCCCCCGGUGACGCCCUUCAACCCGGCAACCAGCACCUCGGCCCCGCAGUCUCCCAACUACCAGAUCAUCAUGAGCCGAAGUCCGGUGGCUGGUCAGAACAUGAACAUCACUUUGCAGAAUGUGGGGCCCGUGGUUAAUGCGAACCAGCACAUUACGCUCACCCCAUUGCCCAUGCAAAACCCAGCCUCUCCAGGCUUUCAGCACCAGGCGUCUCAGUGGAGAUUUGAGCCUGGUUCGUCUUCGUACAUCCAAGUGACCUCACCGCUACCCCAAUCGAUUCAGCCUCAGAGUCCCACCCAACACAGCCCUGUUCCCCUGCAGGCUGUGGCCAGACCGGGCAACGCUUUAGGUGUGUGUGGGCAGAGCCCAACACGUUUUGUUGAAGCUGGCAUUAUGGUACGGCAAAUUAACCUAGGCAGCCCACCAGGAAGUGGGCAUUUUGUGUACCAAGAAAAUUCCGGUUUGACCCAACUUGCCUCGACAACAGUUGGCACGGUGCAGCUGACCUCUCCAUCUGGAGCACCGUCGGCCAUCCGGGAAAGGCGACUCUCACAGCCUCACUCUCAGACCGGUGGCACCAUCCACCAUUUGGGCACCCAGACUCCAGUAGCACCCGGUACCGCCCUGCCAGCCUUAGCCAGCCCGGGUCAUAUCACCACAUCUAACCUGCCCCCUCAGAUCAGCAGCAUCAUCCAGGGUCAGCUACGGCCCAUGAUCUUUGAGAAGCCCGCUCAGGGCGUUGUGGCGGGACUCGCUACAGCAGGAGUUGCAUCUUUUGGCACAGUCCCUCAUUCCAGUCCUUCUCUGAACAAUCCAAACUCGAUCCUCACACCUAAAAAGAUUCAGCCCAAGAAGUUAGAGGAGAUCGCUCCGGCCAACGCCGAGGUGGCUCAGCUGAGAAAGCAGUGCCUGGAGCGUCACACCAAGAAGAUGGAAAGUCUGAAGGACGUGUUUAAGGAGUAUCAAAUCGAGCUCUUCUUCCUGCAGCACCUACAGGGAAACAUGAUGGAUUACAUUGCCUUUAAAAAGAAGCCGUGUGUGCCGCUUUUCCCUUACCUGAGGCAAAAUGAUCUGGACCUGGAGGACGAGGAGGAAGAGGAGGAGCAGUCUGAGGUUAUCAAUGAUGAGGUGAAGGUAAUGACGGGAAAGGAUGGCCAGACGGUGACGCCUGUUGCCAUAGCCACCCAACUCCCACCAAAUGUGUCAGCCGCGUUCUCUGCUCAGCAGCAGUUUCAGGUUCAUCCGAUCGCUGUAGGUGGCAACAUCUCCAAUCCGGUGGACAUGGAGGCUUACAAACGGCAACAGGCCUUGGCGAAAGCAGGUGGUAUGCCUCCCACACCACAGGCGAUCCAGCUGGGCGGGCAGAACCAAAACCAGCAGCAGUACGACCCAUCCAAAGGUCCACCGGUGCAGAACGCGGCGAGUCUUCACACUCCUCCGCCCCAGCUCCCGGGCCGGCUGCCCCAGGCCACGCUGCCCAUGGCGGCUCUGCCUCUCGCUCGGUCACAGGCUCAGCCUGUGGUGCUAGAUCAGCAGUGCCAGGUGCCGGGCGGGCAGCUCCAGGCUCAGGUCAAGCUGCAGGGCGCUGGCGCAGUUCUGGCUACGGUGAACACACACCCACAUCUGAAGAUGCAGCUCCAAAUACAUCAGCAGCAGCAGCAUCAACAGCAGCAAACUCAGCAAGUCAUGCAGCCAGGACAAGCUACCGUCACACUGGUCCGUCCUGGAGUGGAGAUGUCCCAGCCUGCUCAGCGUCUGAUGUCCAGCUCUUUGAUCUCCUCAGUCAUGUCCCCCUCUCCUCUUGCCUCCCUGCCCUCCCCUCACCCAUCCGGCCCAGUCCGCACCCCCACACCCCACACGGCGUCCCCCGGUUCACACUCCAAACUGGCCACCACCAACGGCGGUGCAACUCUGAAGCUCUCCACUUUGGGUCAGGGCUCGACUGGACACAACGCUCAGGAAAGCUCACAGGACAAGCAGGCUGAGCAGGCCAAGCUGGAAAGCAACGUGCACCAGCGCAUAGCGGAGCUCAGAAAGGAGGGCCAGUGGUCAGCCAGUCGGCUUCCAAAACUUCAGGAGUCCAGCAGACCCAAAUCACACUGGGACUACUUACUGGAAGAGAUGCAGUGGAUGGCUGCCGAUUUUGCUCAGGAAAGACGCUGGAAGAUGGCGGCAGCCAAAAAGUUGGUGCGCACUUGUGCCCGUUACCACGUUGAGGUAAAGAAGGCAGAGGAGCGGGAGAAGACGGAGGAGGAGCUCAGGAUGAGAAACAUAGCCAGCACCAUUGCUCGAGAGGUGGAUUACUUCUGGUCCAACAUCGAACAGGUCGUGGAAAUUAAACUCCACCUGGAGAUCUCUGAUAAAAGACAGAAAGCUCUGAGCCUCCAAAAAUCAGGAAACAAAGGACAAAGUGGCAAACUUGGACAGGCUACAGCAAAGAAACCUGAGAAGGAGUCCAGUGAGCAUGAAUCUGGCAACACCACCACCAAGAGGAAGUCAAGCAUGUCACUUUCUGAUGUGGACGCUGAGGAUGAGGAAAGUACGAUAGAGGAACAGGAGGCAAUGGAAGUAGCUACUGACCAGAAAGAGGAGCUCGCUGAGCUCUCCAAGGAAGCUGAGGUGCCAUUAGAGGCUUUGGUGAGGAAAUACGCUGGUGCUUAUGCCGAGGGAUUUGAGUGGCCCCAGCCUGCCAGCCAGAGUGAGGACGAGGAAAAAGAUAAAGUUGAAGACAUGAACAGUUGUCCUCUGGACAGCCCUCACGAGGCGGUUUUAAUCGACUCGCUCUUGAGCAACGAGCAGUACCGUGGAACUGAACGAAGCAGCAGCUCCUCAGGAACCAAUGGCAAACCCAUAAAGGAUAUAGCAGAGGUGUCCACAGCUACAGACCUCAUCCUGCCUAAAGGAAGUGCUCGGACAACACCAACCACUCGUCUUCCCGUGCCCUCUCUGCUUCAUGGCUCUCUAAGGGAUUAUCAGAUGGUGGGUGUCGAGUGGCUGGCCAACCUGCAUCGCAAACACCUCAACGGCAUCCUGGCAGAUGAGACCGGCCUGGGCAAAACUGUCCAGACUGUAGCAUACUUCGCACAUCUGGCUUGUCACGAAGGUAUCUGGGGCCCUCACCUGGUGGUUGUGAGGACCUGCAAGCUGUUAAACUGGGAACUGGAAUUCAAGCGCUGGUGCCCUGGCUUCAAAAUUCUUUUGUACCUGGGCAGCAAAAGAGAGCGCAGAUACAAGCGAUCGUUGUGGCGUGAGCCCAACAGUUUCCACGUUUGCAUCACAUCGUAUAAGCUGCUACUGAAAGACCAGGCCUACUUCCAAAAGAGGCGCUGGAGGCACCUGGUACUGGACGAAGUACAGCUGAUCAAGAAAAUGACUGAGAAACACUGGGAAACCAUCUUCAACAUUAGGAGCCAACAGAGGAUCCUGUUGAUCAACAGCCCUCUGCAGAACACUCUGAGAGAGAUGUGGACCACCAUCCACUUCCUUCUGCCCGGAAUCACUCGCUCGUACCUGGACUUCCCCAUUAAACCUGGCGGCGAACAGAACCAGGACUACUGCCAUAAACUGGUCAUCAGACUGUACAGGAUGAUCCAGCCUUUCAUCCUGCGGCGCUCCAAAAGAGAUGUGGAGAAGCAGCUCCCUAAGAAGUACGAGCACAUUCUGAAGUGUCGUCUGUCUGCAAGGCAGAAGAGCAUGUAUGAGGACAUCCUGACACAGCCCAGUGCUCAGGAGGCUUUGAAGACGGGGCACUUUGUAAGUGUGCUGCAGGUCCUCAUGCAGCUGCAGAGAAUCUGUAACCAUCCAGAUCUGGUCCAGCUCAGGGACACAGCCAGCUCGUUCACCUGCCAGCCUCUUCAGUUUAACACACCGUCUUUAGUGCUCACAGCUCUGCAGCAGGACCAGUGGAAGACAGUUGACUUGUCCCCGUUUGACCUGAUCAAUAAUGAGCUCAUACUGAACCGCUACGAGACUACAGAAGUCUUGCCCAAACUCAGACUGACCAAGCAGCUCAUUGAGGAGAUCCACAGCACACCAGACCCUCCAGCCAGACCCAAACCCUGCAAGAUUAAACCCAUGAGGUUGUUUCAACCAGUGCAGUAUGGGACAAAACCAGAGGGGUGUCUUGUACCCUUAACUAGCAGUUCUCAAACUAAUCGCUCUAGUGCUACAACUACAACUGCCCCCUCCACCACCUCCGCCCCUGCUGCUGUGGCUCAGAACGCACAGGCCAGGGGCAAACCGUCCAUUACUACAACAGCAUCGACGCAGGCUGGCAGCACACCAGGACAUGGCAUUGCAGCCGCACCUCAUUCCACUACUUCUACCCAUGUGGCUUUGGGUGUAGCAGGGGUGGGUGCGGUAGCCCCCAGACUUGCUGUUACACCACAGGCUCUAUCCACCCAAACCCUGCUUCCCCAGAGGCUUCUUCUCAGCUCCCAGGCUCAGCCUCGGUUGCCUAGUGACACGGUGAAGGUGACUCAGCUGGCAUCUAUAACAGGAGCUCAGAGUCGAAUAGCACAGACAGAGACCCCGGUCACGCUGCAGUUUCAGGGAAACAGGAUCACCUUGUCCCCCAGCCAGCUACGUCAGCUUACCGCAGGACAACCUCUCCAUCUUCAAGCAGGUAACAUUCUGCAGAUAGUGUCUGCCCCCGGGCAGCCUAUCCACAGACAGCAGAGCUCUAUGGUGAUGCAGGCGAAUUCUCAAACUGUGCCAGUUCAAAACUCCACAAGUGCUCCGGCUGUGCAUCCUCCAGCUGCCGCCACACCUCUGCAGGCUGGUGUCAAAGCUGGUGGCACAACCCCGGGCCUCUCGGAUGCAGGAAGCAACGCCAAACCUUUAACCAACGCUCUGCCACAAGUGUCAAAUGAAGAGAGAACCAGGCAGCUGAAAGAGCGUUUGACUCGUCUGUUCAGCGUUAACGAACGGCGUGUUCAGCGCUCUGUGCUGUAUGGGGCUGACGUGCUAAAGGCCUGCAACUUACUUGAAGGACGUUCUCCUUCUUCCAUCUCUGCUCCCGAGCACUCCCACUGGUCAUGGGCGGGCAGAAAUGCCUGCUUGAAGGCCCAGAGAGAUAGUGUAUCUACGUCUGACUUGCUUCGUUUGGCUGUCUGCUCCAGUACGGACAGACUACAGGAUGAGGGCAGCCUCCUCACGAGGUUGUCGUGUGUCCUUCCUGCUGCUGUAGCUUCAGCCCCUCAGCUGUACGCAUCCAAUCCCCCACCAUCUUACAGCCUGGAGCAGAAGUCUUUUACCCAUCGUCUUAAGGAAGCGUCCGCCCCGUACAGCUCGGAAAUCCGCACUCUGACCUCUCCUACUCUGUUUGAGCUCCCUGAUAAACAUCUGCUGGAGAUGGACUCAGGUAAGCUGGAGGCUUUGUCUAUCUUGCUGCGAAAGCUGAGGGCAGAGGGCCGCAGAGUCCUUAUCUUCACCCAGAUGACCAGCAUGCUGGAUAUCCUGGAGGUCUUUCUAGAUCGCCACCAUUUUACUUAUGUGCGCCUGGACGAGAGCCUCUCCCUCCAGGAGAGACAGGAGCAGAUGAGGGCAUUUAACCGUGACCGAAAGUUCUUCUGCUCCAUUCUGACCAAUCGCUGCUGCUCGGCCGUGGGUCAGGUGUUCGACGCAGACACUGUCGUUUUCUUCGACACGGAUCUUAACCCCAGCAUGGACUCCCGCACGCAGGAGUGGUGUGACAGGGUCGGACGAUCCAAAGAUAUCCACAUCUACAGGUUGGAGAGUGGAAACUCUAUAGAGGAAAAGCUGCUGAAGAAUGGCACUAAGGACCUGAUCAGAGAGGUGGCAGCACAGGGCACGGACUACACACUCGCCUUCCUGACACAGCGCACCAUUCAUGACCUGUUCGAGGUAGAGGCGGGCUCUGGAGAAAAAGUGGAGGAGUAUGUGGUGCUUCAUCAGGAACCGUCUCCAUCAGAAUCGAUCCCCCCACACGUAGCCAGACCGUACAUCCAGGCCCUGAACAACAUCAUACGGCAGACUCUUCUACUGGAGGAGGAGCGGGGGAUGGCGGAGGAAGCGGUGACUAAGAAAGCGAAGAAGCGGUCGGAGGACAAGAGUGUGGUGACCGGUGAUGAGUGCCAGCUAGAUGAGCUAGCAGCUGUCAUAGAAGAGCUGACUCCUAUUGAGAGAUACGCCCUGCAGUACCUGGAGUACCUGCACAUCAGUGACGAUGAGGUGGUCGCCAGGGAGUGUAUCGAGGCUACUAAGAAAGCGUGGGAGCUGCGUCAGCAUCACAAGAUGAAGCUGGAAAAAGAAGAGCAGAUGAUCCUGGAAGAGGAGGAAGAUCUGUUUACAUACACACGAGAGGAUGCUUACAACAUGGAGUAUGUUUUUGAAAAUGCAGAUGGUCAGACCGAAAUAAUGCCGCUCUGGACCCCACCAACACCCCCUCAGGAUGAUAAUGAUAUCUACAUUGACUCAGUUAUCUGCCUGAUGUAUGACACCGCCCCCAUGCCCGAGUCUAAACUGCCCCCUGUCUACAUUCGCAAAGAGCACAAGAGACUUAAGAUGGACCCAUCUGCCGUGGGCCGGAAGAAGAAAAAGGGGCAUGGGGAGGCGGUGAUCCCCCCGCGUUCACUGUUCGACAAAGCCAGCAUGUUGAAGGUGCGGCGAGAGGGUAAGGACCAAAAGAAGAACUUCUCUCCGUUUGCAAAGCCGUUGCCCUCAUUGGUCAAACCUGCCAUGGAGGCCGGACUGGACAAUCCAGAAUGGCUCAUCAGUGAGGACUGGGCCCUGCUCCAGGCUGUAAAGCAGCUGCUUGAGCUUCCUCUGAACCUGACCAUCGUGUCUCCAGCUCACACACCCAACUGGGACCUGGUGAGCGACGUCGUGAGCUCCUGCAGCCGCAUCUACCGCUCGCCAAAGCAGUGCCGUAGCCGCUACGAGAAUGUGAUCAUUCCGCGUGAGGAGGGCAAGUUGAUCUAUGAAGCGAAUCCUAAAAAGAAGACCAAGAGCAUCUAUAAGUCGAAGAAUAGCCGUCCUCUACGCACCUGUCAGAUCUACACCCAGGAUGACAACGCCACCCAAAUCCAGCUUUACAACAGCCGCUUUGAGCUCAUGAAGAUCAUUGCCAGCAAGAGGAGUCCUCCCAUUAAACCUAUGUUGGGCAUGAACCCAUUUCAGAAGAACCCUAAGCACGCUGCUGUGUUGGCUGAAAGUGGUAUUAGCUAUGAUAAGCCCUUACCUCCAAUCCAGGUGGCCUCUCAGAGAGCAGAGAGAAUCGCUAAGGAGAAAAAGGCUUUAGCAGAGCAGCAGAGGACUCAACAGUUGGUUCAACAGCAGCAGCAGACAGCCGGAGCAGCCCAGACUCCAGGUGCUGCAGCCCAGCCACAAGCACAGCCACAGGCCGCCGCCACAGGACUGCAGACCGCCGGAGUUCCUCAGGGCACCCAGCAAGGAGUCACCGCUGUUCCCAAUACUGCUGUACUGGCUGGAGCUAUCAAGACUGCUGCUGCUGGAACAGGCAUUCAAACAGCGACUGCAGUGGGAGGGAACGUGAUCGUGAACACGGUGGCUGGAGUUCCCGCGGGACAGUUUCAGGCUAACAAGCGUAUCGCUUCUUCUGUCAUCCCUGGAGCCUUAACUGCUACAGGAGCCGCUACAGCCCAAGUGGUUCACACCCAGCAAAGGACGGUCCCUGCUGCACCCGCCACUGCCCCUGCUGAGGUUGUUACCAUAGCUACCAGCCAGGUGGUCCGAGCUGUUGCCCCGGUCUCCGCCUCGGCUGUGGUGUCCACCAGUCUGGCUCAGGUGCAGUCACAGACACGCUCGCUCGUGGCUCCAGCAGGGGUUCAGUUGCCCCAGGGGAAGCCGAUCACCCAGGCACAGCUGCAGAUUCUCAGGCAGCAACAGCUGCAACCACAGCAGCAGCACGCUGGAUCUCCUCAGAUCAAAGGAGUGGGAAAACCACCGGAGCUCCUGAAGACGCACAAGCCGAAGAUCCAGGUGGGAGCAGCGGUAGCUGCGGCUCAGGGCCAACAGACCACCGUUACCGCGCAGCCUCAGCAGGUUCAGGCUGCUCCAGCCCCCCAGGCCAGCACACAGCUUACUGCAGUGCCCGCUGCAUCCAGAGGCAUGCUUACUGGGGCCACUGUUACCAACCUUCCGAUGGCCAGACUGGCUCGAGUCACUCCCUCAGGUGCUCUCCAGGCUCAGGCUGGUACGGCGACGCAGGUAACUCUGACUAAACCUCCACCGGUGGUGUCCGUGCCUGCUGUAGUGUCAUCCACCGGAGUCACCACCCUGCCUGUCACCGUCGCUGUAGCCAUUGGGCAGGCGCAGAAACCAGGCGCGCAGGUUGCGUCCCACAUGUUUUCUCUACCGCAAGUGCAGCAGCCGGUGCGGCCGAAGCAGCAGGCUCCCUCUCAAGCCGCAGUCGCGCAACAGAAAGCCGCACAGCCGCAACAAGCUCAGGCUGCAGUUCAGCAGAAGCUGGCCACUCAGCAGGUUGCUCAGACGGCAGGUCAGGGCCAGAAGAUGACCUACACAACCACCACCCAGCUGCCGACAGGCAUCAAGACUCAGUCCUUCACCACUUACCUCGCUGCCCCGACCCAGAAACCUGCCACACCGCAGCAUAUACAGGUUACUAAAAUCCCCCAGAUAGUACAGCAACAGAUCGGGUCCUCCCCCCAGCAGAUCCAGACAGUGACUCUGACGCAGACGGCUGCGGCGGCGGGACUGUCUCCCCAGGCUCAGGUGCAGGUCAUUCCCGCAGGCGCAGCCCCCACCAUGCAGGUCGUUCAGCAAAAACUCCUUACCCAGCAGCAGCAGGUGGUGGCUGCCGCCGCUCCCGCCGUGUCUCCUCAGAUCACAGCGCCGGCCCCACAAAGCCCCGCCCAGCAACAGAGCUCUACGGUCGCACCCGCAGCCGAGAUGCCCAUACAGCAGCCUGGGACCCCACAGUCCGCACAGGGCAAAGGAAACGCACGAGCAGGGGCCGCCAUGCGCGCUAAAACACCAGCCAAGCCCAGCGGGGGCAGCUGAACGCACGCAGCUGAACGCACGCAGCUAUGUAAUGGGUGGAUUUUUUUAUGACUGAUUAGAGGUGUGUGUUCAUUUAUACACCGUGUACACUUUCCCGAUGUAACAUGCGCACAUCCAUGCGCACAGUGUACAGUGUGGCAGUUCUGUUUUACAGGACUUAUGUGCUGUAAAAAGCUUUUUCAAGUACUUUUACUUUGUUCAGACAUCCAUCCAUGUUCCACUGUCACAACUUUUGAGAAUGUGAACAAAUUAAAGUAAAAGUUUCACUGAAAAUUACAUUUACAUCUUUUCUCCCCCUGAAUGCCGUCGUUCAGCCCAGCCAUGUUUGGUGUCUGUUUAAUUUUGUCUAACAUUACUAAGUCUCCCUAUUGGUAUAACAAACAGUAAAGAAGAAAUCUUGUCCAACUCCACAGUGCCAUACCAUUUAUUAUUAAGUGUCCAAGCAGCAUAAUCGGCACUGGCUCUCUCUGGGUAGAAGGCACGGUAUGAAUAGAGAGACUCCAGACCGUCUCUGGCCUCUGUAAGCUAAUGUGUAUAUAACAAGCAGUUUGCACCCUACUUCAAAGCCAGUUGAAUUGUUGAGUGUUGUUACAUAAUCAUUAUUAUAGGUUUAAUAAAAUCAAAAUAUCAGCUGGAUUUACAUGUCUCUGAGAAAACCCUACAACUAUAUCUUGUUAACAACUAGUAAUCCAAAACGAUUUAGCAUAGUUCAAGUACGAAACUAGAAUAAACGUCAGAUUACAAAUACGUCUUAAUUGGCAAUAUUUCACAUGCAUUUAAUGUCAAUUGCUUCUUUUCUCCCACACGAGGCGGUUUUACACAGAGGGAAGUGUUACAGUUAAAGAAUCACACACUGCUCUUCAUUAUUCACCAUGUCCGUGCAGGCACCCUCGACCAACCAGCAGAGGUCGCAGUUGCAGGAGUAAUGACCAUCCCAACCUUAUUUCAGUAGGGAAGGGAUUAGAAUCUGGCUGGAUAAGGGUACCUAGCUGGCCCUAGCAGACAAAGGGUUCUCGAGUUUGUUGAAAGUAAAAAUAAGAUGGCAAGAUAGCAAGUCCUUUACAGAGAGCAAACGUAAUGCAGUUUUUACUUUGAAAAUCACCUGUUAACCACAGUGUUCUAACUUUUGCGUAAUAUUAAGGUACACGGCUGAACUUCAGGACCUCUGUCGUACUUUUGCAACCCUAGAUUUUCCUCUGAUUGAGGAUGUGUGAUGGAUUGUUGGAAAAAGCUCCAAGAAUCCAAGUUCAUUUAGUUAAGACAUGUUUAGUGUCCAAUCUUUGUUUUUGUUUUGUAUUAAAAACUAAUGACGAGACAAGACGAGACUACAUUUUGGCAGUUCCACGUCCAUAUAUUCAAAUAUUUGCUUUAAGCAUCAUUUGACAUCAGAAAUUUCAGUAGUAGCUGGUGUAUUUACGUCAAUUUUGGAGCUAUAAUAUAAUUGGAUAAGCUUAAUUAAAAAGAUUAAGUUUUGAUUAUGUAUUCACACUUUAGACCUCAGCAGUUUAGAGAAAUCUUGGCUUAUUGGAUGAUCACUUGGGUUAAGUAAAAAAUAACGGUGUAAAUGUAACGUUCCAUCAGACUUUUCUAUAAGGGUGUCUACAUCUCUGUUUUUUGGGCAUAGUAUUUUUACAUGUUAAUGCAUGUGUGGCCAGAGACCAGCUCCUGUCCACCUUAUGAAGGCCAGCUGACGAAAAGUAUUAAUAUAAUGGAUGGUUCCUGUUUUUAGAAAAUUAGAUGUUUCCAAUACACGUGUUUGUCGCUUUGUCAUUAGGAAUGCACUGAUCCAGUAUUGAUUAUCUGUAUCAGUUUAUUAAUAACGACCCUUGAUCCUAUGAUCCGUGUUAUAUUUGAUGGGUGUGAUGGCGGCACUCUUAGACGUGUGUAACGGUGAUAUGCUGCUGUUUCUUAGAAAGGUAAAUGGUAAAGUAGGUUGUGAUUUAAACUGUCACUGUGAGCGUUUCAUCUGGAGCUGCUCAGGAAGCACGAAAGCCUGUUAGAGCUACAUGUCUACUUAUAAAACGAUCAAGUGUCUCCCGUACAGCAGAAACAAGGGUUCAGACACUGCUGUAUGUGGUUUAGUAUCCCUCCAGUGCAUAUAUUCAUUUCAGAUUUACACACAGUCUUGACUUUGUACUAUAAUCAUAUAAUAUUAGCAUAACAUGCAUAAAUAUACAUGUUCCAAAAUCUGAUUGAAACCUUAAGGUAUUUGGGUAUUUUGAUUGGUGUGUUGCUGCCCUGUUGAGUCGUCUUGGUUGAUAAGCUGGCACAUGUGUAACAUCUCACUGCUAUCAUACUUGGGAUUGUUUAGUACGUUUAAUCCCUACAGGAUCUUUCAUGGCACUGAAUUUGCAGGAGUAACUCGAUCUAUAACUCGACUUGUUUUAAUCCAGCCUCUACAUAUUUCAUUUUUUAAAUAGAUUUUAAUGUAUAUUUUUUGUUUGAAAUAUGUACUGUUCAUAUUUUUUCUUUAUUAGGGCAAAGUACAUCAUGUGUAAAUUUGAAGUGGGUGUGUGUACUGGAUGUAUAUGAACUAACAAUACUUGGUGGAAUGCUUGUAAACAUGUAAAUGCAGUGAUGAUUGAGCUCAGGCGUUUAUCUCUAUACAGAAAACUGCAUCAGAUUGCAAAUGUUUUUUAUUUUAUUAUUGUGACUUUGUGUGAGCUGUAUUGUAAAAUUGUCUUGAUGUAUGUGUAACGUCGGGGAUUUUUCCAUGUAUGUGUCCUUUUUUAUACAUUUUGUGGGGGAGAGCGUGUACAUAUCAGGAGGGGUUGGGGACGUUUGUAACUGUAAAUCAGUCGUGUUUUCAUUGGAUGUUUUUCUUUUUUCAACUCGAUAAAAUGUUGUUUUUAUACCAA